GCAGUCCCUUCGACCUCUACAGCUGCACCAGCUCAGCCGGAGGAGCCGCUGCCGCCGGCGAGCCAAAAGGCCCAGCCCCGGGACCCCACGCAGCCCCUGAGCUCCACCGGCCGCCCGCUCGCCCGCCCAGCCACAUAGCAGCCACCAUGUUCGUCUGUGUCAAGCUGGCCACCGGCUCCCCUGCAUUGAUCCGUACCGGAUCAAGAAUCUUAUACAGACCAAUUUCUGCAUCGGUGUUGUCUAGGCCGGAAGUCAGGACUGGAGAGGGCAACACAGCUUUCCUUACUGGGGCUCAGAACACCGGCAGUCAACUAGCACUAAGGGAGUUUCAAACUAGUGCUAUCAGCAGGGACAUUGACACUGCUGCCAAAUUUAUUGGUGCUGGUGCUGCCACAGUAGGAGUGGCAGGUUCUGGUGCUGGUAUCGGAACAGUCUUUGGGAGUCUAAUCAUUGGUUAUGCCAGAAAUCCUUCUCUGAAGCAGCAGUUGUUCUCCUAUGCUAUUCUGGGAUUUGCUCUGUCUGAAGCUAUGGGUCUCUUCUGUCUGAUGGUUGCUUUCUUGAUCCUGUUUGCCAUGUGAAGAGAUCUGUUCGUAACAUUGGGAUUAAUGAACUACAAUGUGAUUCUAUGAACUUCGGCUCGGGAAAAUGUCUAUCAUGGAAAUGUAUGCUACUUCCAAAGCAGCUUAAUUAAAGAUGGUAAUGAGUUUAAA